UCCUCAGUUGUUGGCGAGAGCUGGAAGAAAGAGCUCGCUCGCUCCUGAAUUUCUACUCCAUGAAAAAUAUGCUUUUCAAAAAUUCACAACUAAUCAAAAUAUUUGGUGUCAUCAUUUUCAUUGGUUUUAAGCAGUAGGUCAAAUAUUGCGUAACCCUGAUAAGAACAUUUAAUAAUAAUAACAAUAAUAGAAAAAAAGCUCGAAAGCGUAUGGUUUGAUCUCCAUCCACAGAGAUAUCAAGUUGCAUUUCAUGCUUUAUGUGAGUUGACUUAUCACAAGUGUUUCAAAUGUGUGUGUGAGUGUGGAAUAAGAGUGAGUUUGACUAUUUGACGUAACUCAAGAUUAGUUAAGUUAAUCUUUAAAGUUACACAAGUGAUAACCCCGAGUAAUUGAAAUUUCUGAUAUCAGUUAACCAACUAAUGCAUAAAGUCUCUUUUUGAUGUUGUUAUUAUGCUCGUUCAUGUUGCAUACGACUAGCUCUGCAACUAUAUAAUGCUAAAAAUAGUGCAUUUUACUAUAUUAUCUACAGCAUAAUAAAUAUAAAAUAGAGGGCACGCGUUAAAGGAUCCAUGCAUGCUGUGUCUACAUAAUAUACAUCACACACGUUCGUGAUAAUUUUUAUUUACGGUUAGAUAAAUCGGUUUUUACUAUAAAAAGUACAAUUGUAUAAAUAUAUAUGAAUCAGUGGCAGUUGAUUGAACUAAAAUACUUGCAAUUAUUAUAAGCCAUUCAAAAAUUGUCGAAUAAAAAUUUGUCCGAGAUUUAUUGGAUCAUUUCCGGGCUUCUGGCUGAAUUCAACGCUCAAUUAAACGAGAGGAACGAAAGUUGAAUAGUUGCUGCUGAAUGGAUUCAUAAAUAAGAAAUUUCUUGCACUACUACCAAGUCCCCCUCCGUCCGCAUCCGCUUUAUAAGAGCACACCCGUACGUAAUAAAUUGAUUAUCGCAGGACUAUAUUAUUGAAUCAAGAUAACACAUUGUGGGAGGUUAUCACAGGUGAAUUUGACCUGGACAGCAAAAACGACAAAUCGUCAAAGUAUCACAAAGUCGGUGGUCUCAUUCAAGGCAACAUGAAGCUCUGCUGCUACCGACUUAUUACUUGAUCAGUGAGUAUAUCAGAUCAUCAAAGAAAAGAAGCUCUACACGCCUAUUGAUGGAUUAAUACCUGUUCUUCCUGAUUUAUAUACACUAAUUAUUGCUUUGUUGUGGGUAUCUGUGUUUUUUCCUUUCGUAUGUACUUGUUCACCAAAGUUGUCCAUUGUCGCAACUCGAGAAACUCAAUAGAUAUAAAUUUAUGUACGAAAGGACAGAGAAAUAAUGGCAUUCACUCACCAAAAGCACGACAACAUUCGGACCUGAUAUAUACAUACAUACAUUUUGUUGAUUGUGUUUCGUGGUUUUGUGAUUGCAAUUGAAAUUGAAUUCACAAGAGGAUCUACUACCACAACCACGACUACAGCAUACAUACAGUGACUUGAUAUUAUUGUACGUAUUGCAUUAUUCUCCACUCGACAACAAUGGAUCUUCCUCAAGACGGAUAGCGAUGGAGUGAAGUGUGAGACUUGAGAGAUCGAGAAGGACUUAUACUGCUCGGUUUGUUCGUUGUUGAACCUGGAUCUGGAGAUUUGAAAUUUGAAGAUGGCAACCACAAGCACGAUCAAUCAUGAAGAUAUACAUCAGGCACAUUCUGUUGGAGUGACACUGCAUCAAUUGGCACAGCAAAUGACAAAUUGUACUUCGUCAUCCGUGGACUCGGAUUCAGCAAAGUCAUCCCUGUGUUCUGAUGCUACGCCGGAAGAUCUCAUAUUUUUUCACACGCAGUCCAAUCCAAUCAUGGAAGGGUUUUUACUGGAAGGAGAUACAGGGUCGUCCAGAGAGAGUUUGGCCAACUUGUUAGACGAAGGGCUCGGCACUUCGCUGGACGGGACGGAAUCAGAAGCGACGCAUCCCACUUUGGGCAGAAAUGAUUCUGGCGUAUUCUCAAGUGAUGAAAUGAGUGGAAUUCCUCAGCAGAAUCAUAUCUUCCCAUCGUCAUCUUGCUCAUCAUCUUCAACUUCGAUGACCAUCCAAAUACCACAGCCAAGCGGAAAUGUGACUCCAAACUCAUCAGUACAAGUACAACAGCAUAAAAAAUUCACCAACCGACAGAAAAAUGCGUCUCCCAAUAGACAAGCGGGACCUCAACGAUGUGUGAUUUGUAGCAAAACCUUCUCUAAUGCUUCAGCUCUCACAAAGCACAAGCUUACCCACAGUGACGAGAGGCGACACACGUGCUCCGUGUGUGCCAAGGCGUUUAAGCGUCAAGACCAUCUCAAUGGGCACAUGCUGACCCAUCGUUCCAAAAAGCCAUUCGAAUGCUCUGCAAAUGAUUGUGGGAAAUCGUAUUGUGAUGCAAGGUCGCUUCGUCGCCAUGUCGAAAGUCGCCACGGGUCCGACACGCUCGCCACCAUGACCAUUGCUCCAACUCCUCAUACCGAAAGCGAGUUCAGUAUCAUCAUUCCCUCCUCCACUUCUUCAUCAUCAUCAUCGAAGCCCAACAACGGCUGUGAUCCCAACAAAUCAAAGUCGCACCACCCAAAGAGUAAAAAGUGUAAUAAAAGUCAAACUCAAAAAGCCAAAGCCCCAAAAGUGGCAAAAUCCUUAAAUUCCAUAUCCAGCCAGAAUAAUAACAAUGGCAGUGCUAACCCCAACCCCCUCCUAUGUCAAGGGUCGUCUUCCCCUCACGACGAGGAGGAAGAUGGUGGUAAUAAUACUGGAGUCGAUGACCACGAGCUUUUGACCUCUGUGGAGAACUUGCUGAGCAUGGAAGACUCCACGUCUGCAGAAAAUGCGGCGGCGGCCCUCUUGGAGUCCAGUCUAAUAGAAAUGGGUGUGAUACAUGAGGAAUUGGAGGACGAAAUGGGCUUGGACGAGGAACUUUGUCUACCUUCUUCAUCUUCGGAUGACAAGUUGAAUAAUAACAGUUCGGGGAAGAAUGUUGAGGAUUUCUGCUGCAUACAAAACAGUGAUAUUGUAAAAGAGGGCAGCCCAAGUCAGAGUCAGCUUCAUCAGUUACUGACUCAGAGAGCAGUGGCAGCCCUUGUUUGUCGAGGGGAUGUUAGCGAAAAUGACGUGGACGCGGCCGCUGUCACCCUUAUCAAAGAGUCGCUGAUCGCUUCAUGUGCCAAUAAUAAUGGCAACGGUCUCUUUCCCACGAAGCAGUUUCAUUUGCACUUAAGUUCUUCGUCACCUUCGUCGACAACCUCGUCCUGGUGCAGUAGUUUGGGAAACUCAAGCAGUGACAAUUCUGAGAUGGGGAAAUGUUCUUCCUCUUUGGGCGGAAUAGUUCUCAAGUGUCCCUCUAGCCCUCAACUAAGUUCUCCCCACAGUCUCAAAGAACAGUUGGAACUUAUCCACCAGAUUAUUCAGCAAACGACGGAAGAGAGUGCGGUCAUAUACAGCUCCGGUAUUCAUCAACAUCAAGGAUUCAGCAAUGCUGUUCCGACGACGAAGCAAAGUUUACCUCCAAGUACAACAACAACAACCAUUCUUAACGGCGGCGUGACUAGCAAUUCUAAAAGUUCAUCUCCGACAGCAGUGGACGCCAAUAAGAACAAGGCAACUUCACAAGUGGGUGGUGUGGGCAGUGGUAGUAAUCACAACGGUGGUGGUGGUGCAGGGGAUAUAAACGUCAUCCUUGGAGGUGGGGAUGAGAACUCUUCGACUCAGAAUCCUACAGGAAAAGCAGAAGAUAAGCCUGUAGAAUGCGCCAUUUGUUGCAGACGCUUUAAGAAUACCCCUGCAUUGAACGGGCAUAUGAGGCUACAUGGAGGAUACUUUAAGAAGGAGACGGACGGGAGAAAAAAGGAACCGGCAACGAAGGAGACGCAAGGAGCUCCCCUGCAAACUGCGAGCGUCAGUGUGCGUGCUUUGAUCGAGGAGAAGAUAAUCCAACGUCAACGAAAUGCUGGUUCCUUGAGCUCAUCUGCUUCUAGCACUCCGAAAACGUCUCCUCCUACAUCGUCCCCAACCACACCAACCAAAAAGCCGUUAGUUCCACUUCAGUCUUCUCCUCCUCCUCCCCUCUCCUCGUCUGCAAACACAAGUCAAUUUCACCAAGCGGACGUCCACAAUUUACCAAAAAAUAACAGCAGUAACCCUACACUCACAUUUACCAGCAGUAAUCAGCAUUGUCAACCCCUUCCAUUUGAAGACUCGCAUGCAGAAUAUCUUUUGGAAGAGGAAGUCUUCAAUAAGGUGUCUAGUAUCUGUCCGGACUCAUUUUUCUCUUCAAUAGACGAAUCCAUGUUGUGCGAGUCAGGGAUUGGCACUGGAUCCGACUCAUCUCAGAUAUCCGCAGAUUUUUUCAACUACUCAUUGUUCACCACCGAACCAGCCACACCAACGGCUUCCAGCAAUGACAAUCCCUUUACUCCAUUGCCAACCAUGGAUCCAAUAUUUUUUACCCCGGCUCCAGGAUCGGUACAUUCUCAGAGUGGGGAUCUUGAUUCAUGUCUUGCCGAUUCUCCGUCAUUUAUUUAUCCCACCCCACCUGCUAGUCUGGAGUCACAUAACGCUUUGCAGUCUCCAUUAUUUCCAUUCCCAUUUCCGUUCGAAACCACAUCGCAAAAUGUCACCCACGCAAAUUUGAUGGCAAACUCUAAUCAACAGUUGGUCAUGGUCUCUCCUGUAGCUACUUCCAGUAACGGGAUGAAAACUGUGUCUAUUAAUUGUGCCAACAAUAAUAAUAAUGGAACCCCGAGUAAUCUGUUGACAACUUCAAUUUCCGCUUUGGGGGCGUCAUCACACAAUUUGACUCAAACAAGUGGGUUAUUGCUCACAACUUCUCAGAUGCAGGCGAUGGAACAGUGUUCGAUAUCCGGUUCUCAACCAUCAUUUUCAUUUACAUUGGGUCGUGAAACUGAUGGAAAUUGUGAACAAUCAAACAUUUCAAAUCACUCACUACUCUACGACACAAACUCUUCAAGGUUGCCCGUUUCACUACCCUCACCCUCGAUUUCAGCGAUUUCCAGUUCUCCAUCUACCAUGAUAACGACGUCUUCUUACACUCUGGGAGGUGUUUCGACAGGAAAUGAGCCAUGUCUAAUAAUGGGAGAUUCUCUGGAGGAGUCAUUUCGAAGUCCGCACAGAAUUUUCACAUUGAAUGUCAACCCGAACUCGCUUAUCUCAAAAGUGCCAAAGAGGAAAGGUUACGCAACACUAGCAUCUAAUUUACGGCCACAGACGUCCCAAUCUCCACCUCAUUUUACACCAUAUCCAAUUCUGAGCCCAGUUCGGUCCGCUCCAGGGCUUUUCUGGACAUUUUCUGCAAAACUUACUCAUGUGGAUGACAACCGGAAAGACCGACCCAGGAUAAAUCUUGGUAUAAACUUCCAAGCAGUAAUUCCUCCUUUGGAGCAAAAACACACAAUCAAAAACAACUACAUGUUAAAGCGACCCGAAGAUUUACUCUGGUCUCCGGAUUCGAUUUCUAACUGCUUUAAAGAAGACGUUGAGAAGUACCUUGAAUUUGCAUGCUGUUCUGCCAUACCUGGAGGUGGUCGAAAUAUUGAGUAUGCUCUUCACAUCCUGAAUUUGUGCAAUGGUGACAUUAAUGUGGCCAUGCUCCUGUUGAUGAAUCCUGAACCCAAACUGCCAGUGCAUCUUUUCCAAUACAAAUAUCCAGAGCGUGAAAAGUGGACUCGACAAGAAAUCCUCCAGUUUCAGGAGUCUCUUGUUCGUCAUGGGAAGGACUUUUUGGAAGUUUCGAAGGAACUUGUCACCAAAUCUGGGGAGGCAUGUGUGUCAUUUUACCAAUUAUGGAAGAAAGUGUGUCCCAACGAGUAUGAGAGGAUAAGAUCCAUGUGGAAAAAGAGGGAGGCUGCGUUCACUGUGGAGCUUCUAAAAACAAUCCCCCCUGUCCCAACCUGCACUCAAGUUCAACUUCCGACAACUUCGCAAAAAUCUUCCGUGUCGGCAAAACAGAAUAAAUCCCAUCAAACAAGUCCAGCCAGCAGCCGUGGUCUCAGUCUCAACGAUGAAUAUCCAUGUAAAAUCUGUGGAAAAAUAUUCAGUAAAGUGAAGAGUCGAAGCGCACAUAUGAAAUCUCAUCGAACACCAACACCUCCUUCCAACUCCCCAGCUCCUGUGCUUUCCCCUGCGUCUGCUGCCACCCUUUUGGAAAAUAAGGAGAAAAUUGCGGAUGCACUUCAAAAACAUAUAUUUGGAAAGGCAUGUGCAAACUUGGCGAAAUCACUUCAAGCUGCAUCAUCCCCUCCUACCACACCGGCCCCGGUGGCCCCAUUCAUGCCAAAAAUUGUCAAGGUGGAAUCCAUUGCGAACGUGAAAUUUGAGACGACGGCUCUGUCGCCAAUCUCCACGACGACGACGACGACGACUAUCUCCGCCAUCACCAGCCCAACGACUCCAACAACCACACCCUCUUGCUUUCAAAAAUCAUCUCCUCCUCCAACUGCUCAUCCACUGCAACUCCAAGCCACUACUACAUGAUACUGGAUACUCUUGGUUCCCGAUAAGGAUAGGAUAACCUUUAAGGAGACGAAUGCCAAACAAACGUAGGAAAAUAAUAAAAGAUGAUAAGGAUAUCUAGCAAUGCCAUAAAUUACGAUAUACCUAAUGCUAAUAUAUGUAUGGCCAUUAUGAUGGCUUCAGCAUGUGUAGAACAUUUAUUCCAUAAUAUCAUAAUACCAUUUUUCGUAGUUUUUUAACAGCGAAUGGACACAAGUUCAUCUUGCGUAGAUUUAUAGCGAUACUUUUACUUGACAGUUAAUUGACGUGUUACAGAAACCCCUGCUGCGUAUGUAUAAACGAAAGAAGCUUUAAUUGUCAACCUGUCUACCUGACUAAAAGUAGCGUAAUUAUGUCACAGAUUGCUUAGUGAAAUAAGUACGUCAGUGUAAAUGAAGAAAAUUUGAAUGAAGAGAAUAUAUUAGUAUUAAUAGGAAUCAUAGUACAUAUUUUCCCAUAAACCACCUCCAACAAUUAGCUGAUUAUUAUUUACAAGUAUGUGUGGCGUUAGUUAAGAAGCACGAUGGAGAAAGUACAGCUAAAGAAAUACGAGUAUACCUGUUCAACCUGUGUCCGUAAGUUUUAAUCUGUAAACUUUUUGUUAAAGUUACAAAUUGAACGAAAUACGAUAUAUUAUUGUGAAUGAACAUCAACAAGCCCAACAAUACGCCCAGUUUAUAAGUCAAUUACAACAUAGUCAAAUUUAAUAUUCAAUCAACAAAAAUCUACUCAACAGCAAAAAAAUCUCAUUAAAGACAUCUCAACUUCAACGAUCUCAAUAAAGUUGCAAUAAUACCAAUUAUUAAACAAGCCAGAUUUGCAUUUCGAGUACUGCUGCUAUGAUAGUAUAGCAGUUUUUGUGUAAAUAUCGAGUCACUGAAAAAUGAACGACGGACAUGAUAUUACACAGACAGAUGUAUUUAUGAAGGUGUUUCGUUUGAUUAAAAUGCUUCACUUUUCAUGAUGCUUGUAAUAUUUUCUCAACAAUUAUCUAUAUUGGGCUGAGGAGUAUUGGAAUGGUUUUAGCGAAACUAUCCACUUCAAUUUUGUGCUCUAUAUUCCUUUUGAUUUAAGUAGCUUUAUUAUUACUAUAUUGUUUGGAGAUAAAAUUUAAAAAAUAUAUACGCUUAGAAUCACAUGCAGCAGAAUGCUAAUUACCAGGAAAGUUCUGUUUUGAAGGAAUGCAUAAGGGUUGUUAUUAUAUCAGGAAGAAAAUGUCCCUAUUUUUGUGAAGGUAUUAAUUACAUAAUAUUCAUACUUACCCAUAUACAUACAUAUACUUAUAUUGAAGAACAGUUCCAUCCACUAUCGUGUAGUCGUACAUAUUUAGUUUAGUAUUAAAAGUAACCGAAAAAAUAUAACCGAUCUUAAAAACCUUUAUUAUUUGUGUUGCACGUAUAUAGUCACAUAUUGUGUGUGUAUAACCUAUGAGUACGUAGAACGAACCUAAAAAAUCAAAUCAGAUCAGGCAGGUUUAAUGAUUUGAUACUGAAUCAAGAACAAAUUUGCCAACAAAAUAGAUAAAAAGGGUAAUUUUAUGACAAUCAGAGUAUUCUCGCAUUCAAAUUCUGUAAUCCUGCCUGAUUUUCAAGUAUGUCAAAUCUUGCCAUAAAUAUUUUCCAAGUAGAUACUUAAUUUGUACUUGUAUAAGAUAGAGAGGAGAAUAUUAUACAUUUACAAAAACUUUUCAUAUUAUUAAAUGUUAUAUCAAUUGCCAAAUAUUUUGUCUCUUUUGUUAUAUGAUGGCUGCGAUAAUAUGGUUGCGACAUUGUUGGAUGUGAUCUUCCUUUUGACCACUUAUUGAUUAUUAUUAUCAAAAUAACCGUUUUGAGAAUUUAAUGUUAUUACUAUAUUAUUAUCUAAUACUGUCAGUCGGUCAGAAUUCCAGAGUUGCAAAUUAAUUUCCAGUCCAAUAUUUGCAAACUAAACGUAAUUCCUGAUUUAUCGGGUGAAAAAUUAGUGCGAAUUUAUUUCUGCAUUUAUGUUUUAUUAUGAAAGCAACCUUCAUAGAGAAAAAGAAGAAGAAAAAAAGCUUAUCUUUAGUUUCUUAAAAAAUACAUUGACGAGGACAAAUGUGCAGAAAAUGCAUUUAUCUACCGUGUGUAUGGCACAAAAACCUUAAGUAAUUACAAGUAUCCCAUCACCAUAAAUUAACAACUUGCAUUUACUUUAAUGUGACUAUUUCGAUGCUAGUAUUACAUAUUAUUAUCUGGCUAUGUAUACAUAUAUAAAGAGUAUGGUCUCGGUGCAGUACAGUUGUAGUUGAAUAAUAAAUCCACGACAAAUCCCAAGAAACAAACCUUGAUUUAGAACAGUAUGAUAUACCCAAGAGCAAACAAAAUAUUCACUAAAUUGUAAAAUUACUAGAGCUAGUAGAAUAAAAAUAGAAACAUGAGAUGAUAUUAUUAUGUACACUCCUCCUGCUAAGAAUAUGAAUGGAAUACAAAUUAUAUGAUAUCUAUAUAUGUCAAUAGAUAAGUGGAAUAAAAUAUUGAAACUGGAAGGAAA